AAACCCUUUUGCGAUCCCCAGGUGAGAUCGGAGCGAAAUUCCCCACCUCCGAGACCUCAAGCGAAGAAUUAAAACCACGAAACUCUCAGUCGAGCAAUCAGCUGAUGGCGGGGAGGGAGAGAGAGUGACAUUUUCCUCUCGAAAAAAAUUCCUCUCCACAAAAUGGUCAUCGAAAUGAUCCUCGCCGCGUUUUUAGGCUGUUACGUCGUCUCCUCCUUGAUCCUCUUCAAGUUCCCGAUGCUCUUGCACAAGAAGAAGGACGUGAAAUUCGUGUGUAGGCAUAUAAGCCACAGAGGAGGUGCUGGGGAAAACUAUGAGAACACCAUAUCAGCCUUUAGACAUGCGGUGGAGGUCGGCACAGACAUGCUGGAAUUGGACUGCCAGCUAACCCUAGAUGGCCAGGUAGUGGUGUCACACGACUCCAUCCUCGACGUCCGCACAGAAUCAAAAGGGGCCAUUUCAGAGUACAAAUACGAGGAGCUCCCCCUCAUCCGCGAGCAGGUGCCCAUCGAUUUCAUGCCCGGAACAACCUUCAGUGGCAAGAGCGAUGACCGGAGGUUCCCCUUGCUUGAGGAGACGUUCCAGCUUUUCCCCAACCUGCCCAUCAAUAUCGACAUCAAGACCAACAACAAUGAACUCAUCUCUAAAGUAAGCAACCUAGUGAAGAAAUACAACCGAGAACACAUCACAGUCUGGGGGAACAUGAAGGAUGAAGUAACACAAAAGUGCUAUAAGGAGAACCCCAACAUGUGCCUGCUGUUUAGUGCCCAGCGGGUGUGCCUGAUGCUGCUCCAGUUGUACACAGGGCUCCUGCCAUUCAUGCCCCUCAAGGAGACACACCUCGAGGUUUUCAUGCCAGUACAAAUGAUGAGGAUAUAUAGCAAGAACUUUGGCGAGAAGUGGUGGUAUUCGGUUAUCGCUAAGAUUGCCAACACUCUUCUUAUCAGGCGAUCUUUGUUUGAGCACCUAUCGAAGCGAGGCAUUCAGACCUACCUCUGGGUCAUGAACUCAGAAGAAGAUUUCCGCAGUGCCUUCGAAGCGGGAGCGACUGGCGUCAUGACCGACUACCCAACCAAGCUGAGAGCCUUCCUCGACUCAAACCCACAGUACACGCAAGAUCACAAACUCAGUUAAGUUCAUCCGUCUGAAGGGGAGGAGAAAGAGGAGGACAGAGGUUCACACAAGCCGACCAUUAUUAUCAACAGGGGAGGAAGGGGUUGAUGUGCGGUGUCCUUGUGGCAAGCUCUCCCGACCCCCUUUGUGCAGUAUAACAAGUGUCUGUUUGAAAAAAAGGAAAAAAAGAUAGUCGCAGUGAAACCAUUCAGGGUAAGAAAAUGUGCACAUAAACAUUACGUGAAGAAUGUAUAAGACAAUUACUCGCCCAUCCCAACCCCAGUAAUGUAAAUAAGACAUGAAACUUUCACUUGUCACAAUUGGAUCGAGAGAUGGAGGUUGAAAUUAUAAGGUUGCUAUUAAGGAGAUUUGAGAAAUGGUUGUUCUCUCUUUACUUAAAUUGUUACUUUGACUAUGGAGGUCUUUUGCUUUUGUUUUCUUUCUUUCUUUUUUUUUGCCCACAGUCUCAGGAAGGCUUUAGUUUCUCGUGCAUUUACACGCUGUGCAAUUUCUUCUGAGUUCUCUCUGUAAACUACUUUGUCUGCUGCAUUUGUGCUUCAUAAUCAUACACUUUAGGUAACUUAAAGUGGGAAAUAGUAAUUUGCAAGGCCAGAUAUUACAGAAGAUCUGAAAGCAAAUCAUACCUACAAUGACUAUGGUAUAAUUCUACUUGACCUUUUAUUUAUUUUUAUAUAUUUUUAUAUAUAUUUGCCAAUGUAGACCCAAUAUAUCAUGUACAAGAUCAACAGGUAGUCCCAAGAGUUCUACGGUUAUUAACUAAUGAUGCUGGUAAUGUUGCAUAACAGCUUCAGCAUCUUUUGAGAGCAAGAACAAGAAGAGAAGAAAUUCACAAUCAGGACCCGUACUCCUGAAGCAGCUGCUCAAACUAGCUUCCACCGAGAAGGUAACCAAGGUGCAAAAGAUUGUUUAAGAGUUCUUUUCCUUAUUAGACUGAUGAAGAAAAGUAAACAAAAAUAAUGAAAAAAAGAGGGAAAAGAAGAAAAUGCUUCUAUUUGUUGAAGACUUUUUAUUAUUAUUAUUAUUGAUAUAAUUGAUAUUAGUUUUUGAUUAUGUAUUUCUGUGUUUUAUCAGUGUUAUUACUUAUUUAAAAAAAAAUUCUAGUGAUGUUGGCCUUGUGAUAACUUCACCAUACGCUUUUAUGAGGUGGGAGGAGCCUGCAUGCAUUUGCCCCCACUUGACGCAAACCACAAGAUUGACAGUGCAUUGAGGAUGGCUUGCAACGAAUGGUGGCUUUUUGUAGAUAGAACUGUUGCAAGAUCAUGCCAAAAAUUGCAUAACUUGACUCUUACUCAUAAGUACUUCUUACGUUUUUACCUCUUAGUUUUGAACCCAAUAACUGUUUAAUUAGGUAUUUUGGCUUAUUCUCCCGCGUAUAAUUUCAUGCAAAUGGAAGAAGUGGUAGAAGGCCUCUGACGCUAUCAUGUGGGGCCGUAGCCUUCUUCACGUAGCCACUUCUCUUCGACUUUUUUGCACUCUCUCUUUUGCUGUUGCCAUUUGGAUCAUCUGCUAUUUGUUUCUGUUUCAUAUUGGUGCAUCGGGUAGUGCAACUGAUUAAAAAGAAAAAAAAAAAUGCCUCAUAGCAUGUGCAUUGCAUGUUACCAACAUGCUCUCCAUCAUGUGAUAUGCAUAGCAGUUAUUGGGUUAAGGUUGAUAAAAACAAAAAUUAUAGAUACAGAGUGUCAUAAACAGAAGAUGAACUGUUACAUGACGUUCACAUGGUUUCCUCUAAAGGAUUAUAGAGCGAUACAUUGUAAUUACAUCUCUCUAUAUUACGUUUUAUCAGGCUGUAAAUUUUAUUCUAACUUUUGUGCAAUAUUAAUAGCAUGUUCUAUUUAUUUCGCUCUUUUAUUAGAAAUUAACAAGAAAUUUUAACUACAAAAUUAAUGAUAGUGUUAUAGGUAAUGAAUA